AUGCAGUUCUCCGUCACCUGUGCUCUGGCUCUCGCCGCUACCCUCGUUUCUGCCACCCCUCUCGUCAACCGUGACCAGGUCUCGUGGGAGUUCCCUGAGGCUAUGCUCGCUAAGCGCCAGGAUGUCCCUGCUCCCGGUACUCCCGCUUACCUUUGCCACGAGAACUGCGGCACUUCGAUUACCCUCUCCCGUGAGGCUGGAUACUGCCAGAACUUCCAGUGGAUUGCCCGAUACGACGCCUGCCUGCAGUGCGCCAACACCUUCAACAUCUGGCGCUACUAUGGCACCUCGAUCACGGCGUCUGCUGCCGCUUGUGGUCUGACCGCCACCCCCGUCUAA